UUUAGUCAAGGCUACUCUUCUCAUUUCAUCUUUGCUCCCCCCUCUCCUCUGCACACACUGUCUACUACACUACUCUACUUUCUUCUACUAGCAUAAGCAAUUAAGCAUAUAGCUACUUCUUUUCUUUUUCUCUCUUUUGUUUUCUUUUCUUUCUGAUGUGUGUACUGUGGUAGAAAGAAAAUAUGAAAGUAACGUGUAAAUUAGAAUGACACUAGGCGGAACGAAUGGACAAAAAAGGAAAGUGAAAGAUGAUGCUAUGAAUGGUUUAUUUAAUUGGCACCCGAAUGAAGACUUAUAGUCAUUUGUUUUUUAUUCCACUAUAGUUUACAAGGGGUCUUGAUUUUAUAGCGUUUCCAGAACCCGGAUUCUGGUCAAAGAUAUUGGUCUUCUUGCAAAAUAAAAAUAAAUAAAUAAAAUAAAGAGAGAGAGAGAGAGAGGAGAAAGUGCGUGAUGUUAGUAUAUGUAUGUGGGUGUGUGUAUUUUGCAUUAGAAACAGAAUCAUCUUUUUUUUCUUCCUAUCCUAUCUAGUGAAAAUGAAUUGAAGGGCUAAAGCAUGAAAGAUUUGAUAUUGAUCUCUUGGAAUUUGAAAGUUUAGAAAUUGGAAAAUAGUAGUGAGAGUAUUGAUGAUGGGCAAGAAGAAGCCACAAAAAACUAAGGAACUUUCUGUGGCAAUAGCUGAAGCAUCAUCAACAAUAGAUGAGAAAGAGCAACAUGAAGUUCAAGUUCAACCUCAACCUCAAGCUCCUCGAAAGAGAGGUAGACCUCGUAAGAUUGUUUUAAAGUUGGAAGAAAGUGAAGAGGAAAAGGCACAAGUGAUAGAGCAAGGAGGAGCACAAGGCACAGAGAGUUCAAUGGAAAAAGGUACAACCAACGAGGAAGAAGGAACAUCAUCGGCAUGCAUGAGGGUUACAACAAAACAAGAAGAGAUACAACUUCCAAAAGUGGAGCCAUCGAGAAGCAGAGCUAGGAGGAAAAGCAAACCCAGAAAGAGCAGUUAAUUAAUUAUAUAUAUAAUCAUUGCUCCUUUUUUCUCUUCUCUUUUUAUAAUUUCUUUCUUUCCCUUCUACUUUUUUCAUGAAGCAAUUAAUUCUAGGUUGGUUCCUUUGGUCUUGCCAUGUUUUUUUAUUUCGGUGAAUAUUGGUAUUUAAAACUGAUAUUGUUGUUGUUGGGGAACACAAGUGUCAAUAGAAACACUUGAAGUUUUUAUUGGUUUAGUUCUUUGGUGUAAGUGGUUUAUCUUAUCUUUGCGUGGACGAUAUGUACUGUGUUAUGGUUGGUUCCAUUAGUUCAAUUACUCGUUUCUUUAGUUCAACUUGAA